AUGCGGUCUUUGACUGCAAUCUCUUUCAUGAAUUCAUCAACCUACAAACCUCACAUCACAAGUUCACGCCCAGCAAUGGACAACUCAUAUGAAGUUCCGGGCCUUAAGAGGCUCAAGACAUAUGACAACCUUCACGAAAACCUUGCUCUCCGCCCACGCCAUCCCAAACCUCGUAUUGGAUGGAACUCCCUUCCUGCCGAACUACGUCUCGAGAUUUAUGCCUACCUCAUUCCUCGCUUCGACCAUGCAAUCAACGUCUCGUCACCCAGAUUCGAAAACCGCUUCUUUCGCGAAUACUACGAGUCGAUGAAAGACAACGUCUCGGAGGAAGAGAAGGCAAAUCGUCUACCAUGGACAAAGAUCUUCCUCAUCAACAAACAAAUCAGCCACGAAUGCCUCGACAUCCUCUACGGGAAAAAUUCCUUCCAAAUCGAGAUGCACAAGACGGGUGAAGCUGACAUCCGCGCAAACUUCACACGCGAGAAUCGCCACCGAGUGCGAUACAUCACAGUCGCCUUUUUGGGUACAGAAGGCGCGACUUUCCCACCUGGGAAUCUUAUUCCCGAUCGCUGUCUAUGGGCCGACAUACUCCCCAACAUCAGAGAGAUGUGGCUCGUUACAGUGCAGCCAAUGAGACCUCUUAUUCCCGAGAUAAUACAGCCUGGAGAUGAGUUCUUCGCGGGUGAAUCAGCGAUUCGGUUCGAUCAGUUUUUUGAAUGGCUGCCGCCUUACCUUAGAUGUUUUAGGGAACUCCUGCGGCCUGAUACCAUUUUGUAUAGCAUGAGUGGUCAAGAUGAGCGGGAGACUCAGCAGAUUGUUUCGGGGUAUUUCACAUGGUGGUAUUGA